CAAAGGAGAGGUGAGGGCUAUUGUUCAAUUGACCAUUACGGCGGCGUUAUAUCUGAUUUUGAGCUGUGAAUUUACUCCGUUUUACUCCAUUAAUCGACUGAUGGAAAGGGCAUCCUGCUAGGGGGCACCUAGCGCCAUGUCCUUCGUUAACUUGCGAGCUACAGUCAGAUAAUUUGACCAGUUUAGAGGACAAACGCAACCAGCCUCCUUUACUGAUGGCCUUCUUCCGGCAGCUGAAACUUCUUCUCUGGAAGAAUGGGCUGGCGAUCAUCAGACAGCCACUAUGGUCCCUGACUCUGAUCAUCUGGCCUCUGAUCAUCUUCAUCAUCAUUGCUGUCACCCGCGACCAGUUCCCUCCAGUGCUGAAAGACACAUGUUAUGCGCGAGCCCGAAACCUACCCAGCACAGGCUUCUUUCCUUUCCUGCAGACCCUCAUGUGCAACACAGAUAGCAACUGUCACAACAAAUCCCACCUGGUGAGCUCAGCUGCAUCAAGGUCACCUAAGAGAACGUCAAGGGCUGCAAGGUCAAGCCACCCGUUAGCUACCUUGAUCAAGGGGGCAGAGUUUUUCAACCUCUCCAAGGACUCCAGGGAUGAUCCUGCAGCACUGAUUGAAGCCUUAAACAAAUUUGUGGGUUCAUCCUACCAAGGAAGCUCUUAUAAUGCCACUCUCAUGAACACCAUGAAUACAACUCUUCUGGGAGAUGAGGAGACCUUGAACGAAAUGCUAGAGUCAGUGAACCUGCUGAAGAGAGCCAUCUGCUCCAUGACGCUGCCCAUGAUGAACACAACCUCACCCGAUGCCCUCUCCUAUGCUGUGGUCUCUUUCUGCAAGUCCAACAACACUUUGUUUGAAGUGUCGCUCAACGCAUUCAACCAGAUACUGAAGGAUCUGUUGCUGACAAAACCAAAUGAGACAAUGACGGUGGCUGGGACGGCAGUGUUGUUGUUCGAUUAUCUGCAAAAUCAGACAUCACUGUGGGAAAGCCUUCUUGCCAUUCCCCAGCUCUUUACUUCUGGUUCUGUUGACCAAGCGCUGACCACUGCAGAGGACCUGCUCACCAACAUACAGAGUGCAAUGCAUGUCAUCCAGACCAAUUUCCCUGAAGCCAGUGACUCACUCUCUGCGGUGUAUCCCGUCUUCGCUGGAGGCAUCAACGUGAUCCACUAUGCUCAAAACUGGCCAGGCAAAGCUGUGUCCAUUUCUCUCGGAGCGGUUGUCACAUUGCAGAAUGACUCACUUAUUGAAAUGGUGAAACCUGUUCUACAGGGAGUCGAAAUACCACUGGACAAGGCUAUCGGCCUGACACUGGACAGAAACAUGGUGCACAUGUAUGUGUGUAACAAAAGCAGUAACCCACUGUGGCUAACAGCAGCAUGCAGCACCGGCACAGUGGACAUGCUUCUGGGCUGGAUCGAUCCUGAGGAGGUAGCAAAGCAGGUUCUCUUGGCAUGGAGUAAGCAUGUUGCUCCACAUGACGUGUCCUUCGCCAAAGGGCUGCUAUACAGUCUGAUGGGAGGUUCUUUCCCCGGAGGAAAGGGAGGCUCCAACACCAUGACUAGCAUGGAUACACAACCACAAAACAUCGAGGAAGAGCUGUUUUUGGAGGCCGGUAAAGUGGUGAUGGAGAUCAUAAAAAUUGUGCCGGAGGUGGAUAUGGUUGCACAGAUUGUCCUCAGAAGUGGUUUUCAGUGCAUGAAGUCAGCGAUACUGGCACUUGAUGCUGUAGAAGAAAUAAUGGGUAGUGUCCUGAAGGAUGCGGAUCAACUCCAAAUGAAUUACCUAACGUUGCUGACAAACCAAUCUGAGGCAAGCGUUUGGACUGGUCGUGUCAUGGACAGUGCGAUGGAAGUGAUUAUGAAGAUACUGUCAAAUGCACCGGUUACAUGUGAGGACGUGUUGGGUCCCUUUGAGUGGCUCUUAACAACAGAGAGCGUAACGAUUGAGGUGUGGAGAUCAGCGGUCUGUCAGGACAUCGCCCCUCUAGAACAGGCGCUACAGAUGGGCCGGCUUUCGUUUGUUCAGAAGGCACAAGAGGUGUACAACACAAUCACUGACCAAAAAGACUACAAUGUGACACUUCCCAUGAUUCUCUCUGAGUGGCAUAAGCUGAGCAAUAACAGUCUACAGUUGGCUGUGCUUUUGGACAGAGUGGCCACAGAGCUAAGUGGAGCGUACUGGAUGAACUGGAUGCCAGACGACAGCAAUCAUAGUGUUACAGAGACUCUUCAAAAAAGUGUUUUCUUUUCCAUGGUGAAUUUGGGAGAAAGAAUUGAAAAGAGUCAACUGUGGCCUGAGGUAAAGGACUCUUUCAAUGCACUUUACUGGAUUUUGAACUACAGCCCUGGUGUCACAACUCAGCCAGCAAACUGUUCUGUUAACAUCUACAACCAAGACUUGGAUUGUGAUACCGGUUUGAACUGGCCACAGUUUGUUCAAGCAAUGACUCGGGCUCUGAUGUCACCAAGCCAAGAUGUCCUAGUGAAGUCUCUCAAAGGAGCUGUGAAUCUGUUGCAGCAUGUUUACGGUGACAUCUUUCAACAAAUGAUAGGAUCAUAUUUGAAACAAGAAAUCAACGGUGGAGAUGCGCUCUCUGCCUACCUGAUAAACCUGAUGCAAAACCUGGCUGACUUUGUCAACAUGAUCUCCAGGCUUCCUGACCAAAACAUCGCUGACCCUAAUGUCAUGCUUCCCCACAUUAGCAACAUGUUACAGUCCGUAGGUCUAGGUCCACUGCUGCCUCUGCUUGUCAGUGAAGGUCCUGUCAAUGUCUCCACAGUGAUCGAUGUUGCCUCCAAGGUUGGCAGGCUCAACCAGCACAUUUUUACCUUCAAUGAGACAGACCCAACAUUGCCUGAACUGGAACGGUUGAUAGUGCAGUUUCUCUCCUUGGAGGGCAACCUCACCAUGUCUCUAAGCCAUAUCAUGGGACACACUCUGCUUACCUAUUCAAACUACUUCUACCCUGAUGAUGUGGCUCGUCUCAGAGAAGCCAUCCGGCCUUUCACCAACCAGACCUCAGCAGGCUCUGUAGAAGCCAUCCUUCAUGCCAUGGAGCUACUGAAAGAAGUAAUGGAUUCUCCAAACGGUGACCCAGCUGACAUCAUUUUUGCUUGUUUACGUCAGCUUCAAGAAUUCAUAAUAUCUCUGUACAGACUGCGAAGAAUCCAACAUAUCCAGUUACCAGGUGGGCAGCUUAGCCCGGCCCAAGUCACUGACCUCCAUUUGCUUUCCAAGGACUUUCUUAGCCUUCUCACCCCAGAGGCCCUUCAGAACCUUGUCCAGGCUGGACCAGAUGCUGCCCUGUCCUUCAUUGCACAGAAAUUUAUAGCAUUCCUACCAGCUGAGGUCCAAGAGGAAGCUGCUCACUUUCUUCAGGAUUUCAAUGCUCUGCUUAAUCAGGUUAACAAAUGCGCAGCAGGAGAAAACUGUUUGGCUGGAAUCUCAGAACUCUUCACGUUCCUGGAUCAGAUAUUAGACAAAGUACUCUCAGCCAAUGGUGAUGUCACCAUCAAAAUAGCUGCAACCAACUCUACUCUGCUGGGACAGGAAUAUGAGGAAAUUGCAUCGCUGUUCUUCCCUCUCCUCCUUCCUUCAAAUGAUGCUGCCAACGUGGAAACAUUUAAACAGGCUCUUCAUUUUGCCAGAUUAAUCAUGGCUAAACCAAAUGUUACUGUGUCGGAUGUCAUGAAUGCUCUGCGACAGUCGAACCUAACAAUUGAGGAGCUAAACAACAUUACUGCACUGGCUGGAGCUGCCAAUGUAAAUGACUUGGUGGUAAAUAUAAUACAGAUUAUCGAUGCUCGCGAGUGUUUCAAACCACAGCGCAGCCAGAUGGUGACAGCCCAGUGUGUUAUGGGUUUAAUUGAUGGUGUCAGCAGUUUCUUGACACACAUACCUGCUCUCCGUAAUGAGGCAGCUAUCAUCUCACUCAUCCCGAUCAUCGUCAAUAACACAAUCAGUGAUGUCCUUCAAGUGAACUUCAGCUCAAACCCAAACAUUGCUCUUGCACACACCUUGAACAGUACCCUGGCCAAUAUUAAGAUGACCCUCCAGAUGAACCAGCUGGACACUCCAGAGAUCAUGAAUGAAAUCAAAGUGGUAGAGGGUCUGAUACAGCUGGUCACCAACAUGGAACCAUUUAACAAUUUGAACCCCAACUUGCUUGCAGAUCCCAUUCAAGCUCAGAAAGUAUAUCUGGAGAUUGUGGAAUGGUACUUGAAAAAGCUGGAAAACAUCACCAGUGCAAGUUCUGUCUCAGAGCUCCUCCAACCCUUUUACUUCAUCACACAAAUGCAAGUGACAUUGCAGCUGGCACAGGGGGAUUUCUCUUUGUUUGUCAGUAAGCAGGUUGAGUUUCUGAUGAACAACCUCAGGUACCCAAUAGAUGGUACAGGGGUGAGUAAAAUUGGCCAGACAACAGUUGAGAUUCUCAGGCAUCAAUAUGAACUCAUAAAGGUCAACCUGGAGGCUCAGAAUAAACUCUUUGGUAAUCUCCUGUUUAACACAAGCACUCUGCAUGAAUAUGAGCGCCAAAUUAAGCUUUACCUCGACAUCAUAGAGAAAUGGCUGAAACAGCCUAAUGUCCAGUCAGUCCUCAGUAGUAUGCUCCAAUGGGGAAACCAAUCCAUAAAUGUCUCCACUCCUGUGAAAGACAUCCAAGAGCUGAUGGAAACAAUGGUUAAUUUUCUCAGUGAUGAUCAACUGGCUUACCUCUCCAUUAUUCACAAUAUCACCAUGCCGCUGAGCAAAGCCCUAAUGGUGGCAGAGCAACCAGGUGGCCUACAGAGUCCCCACUUCUCAGGUGCAAUCUUGGAAGGAGUCCAAAGUGCCAUGCAGAUCCUGUCCAUAUUCAUGACCCCGCCACUCUCUGUGCAGCAGAAUAUCUUGGCAAUCGUACAGGACUCACUUAGUCUCAUUGUCCAACCAGAUAUGAGUUUCGCCUCAUCACGUAACGUCUCCCUCCUCAUCCUCAAGAGGGCUAAAAGCAUCAUCCAAGAGACAGUACCAGAAAUGUUUGCUGAAUACCUGCUCGCUGGACUCAAAAUAGCAACCACAUAUUUUGAGAGCGUCUCUGCAAGUGGUGGACCAGACAGCUUGAACCAGUUGAUUCUGGAUGAGAUGCAGACAGUCCAGAGCCUCCUGCCGCCAAACAGCCCAGUCCAGGCCUACAUCUCUGUCCUCAUUAACAUCACUCGCUUUAUCUUGGAGUCUGGCCAAGGCAACAUGAGUCUCUGGGCAAGUUUUGAGAGUCCGUCAGAAGAAAAUUUGCCUUUCAUUUUUGGUCAGAUGGGCAAACUCUUAAACAUAAUUUGGCCACUUUUCAUGGGAGGCCCAGACUCACAAACAAUUGCUCCAUCUCUGGAGGGCUUUGCAUAUCUUGCUACAGUCCUGGAGCAGCUUAUGACUGGAGAAGCAGACGAAGACACAUGGAACAAACUUGAAAAGAUACUAGAGGCCUUACUGUCAACCCUCAAAGGAACAGAGAUAUGGGACAGCGUCCCAUCUGUUAUUCCAGCGUUUGAGAAAAUCGUAGGAAGUACGGUGAACAGCAUUCAAGCGCAGAAUGUGCUGAUACUAAGCCUUCAGACGCCUGUGGUUAUCCUGAUGAGAGAAUUUGCACACUCUGUCAACAGCAGUCAUUUUAACUUGACUGAAGUCUCGAAAAGAAUGCAGCGUGCCAUUGAACACACGUUGCAGGCAGCUGAACAGGCUAAUGGCACAUUGGAGUGCAGUGAAGUUCUCAAAGCAUGGGAGCCAAUAAGAGAGGCAGCGGGUUUAAGCCAUGCCACCAUGGCUAUGUGGUGCAACAUCAACCUGAAACCUGUUUUUGAGGCCUAUUCUGCUGCUGGGAAUGUCUAUGCCCACAUGAAUAUGAGUCACAUGGGUGUGGGACCAAUGACUGUGAGUGCCACAGCUGCCAGGAUUGUCAGGAGUAUACAGUCUCUCUACCAAGUCAACAUUAACAGCACACUUGUAACGGCGCAGCUCAUCGAGGCUUUCUUCAGCCAGCUCUCUGAGCUUGCAGGCCAGCCACUGAGCCCUGAGGCACAGCUUCACUGGUACAACCAGCUCCAAGACAUGCAGAUGCAAAACAGUUUGUCUUACUUCAAAAUGCUCGCAGAUGAGUUGGUAAGCGUGGCUCCAUUCCUGAAGCAUUACACUGAAGCUCUGGAGAAAGCACUGAGCCACAUCCUGGACAACUACCAUCUCAUACAAGACAGCAGCGUAUCCCAUGAGCUCUUCAGAGAAGCAGCGAUGAUCUUCCUUUCCUCUGCAAACAUCAUGUCAGACGACAUGACAUUUUCUGGAGGACCGCAGGAAGCAUCUAUUACCAGUAUGAUAAAAGAAGCUCUGAAACUGGUGAUUGACAUGAAGAUAUUUGGGGACGCACCUAUGGUUUACCAAGCCUUGGAACAGUUUCUGGCAUCCAACAGCUCAAGCUUGAUCGUGCAGAAGGUGGCUGAGAUGUCUGAAUGGUUUGCCUCCACUGAAGUGUCUGGACUGGAUGCAGCAUCUAUUUAUGAUAUGAUGCAAGAAGCUGUGAAACUGAUGAUGGACAUGAAGAUGUUUGGGGAUGCACCUAUGGUUUACCAUGCCUUGGAGAAAUAUUUGAUAUCCAAUGAGUCAGGGGUGAUCGUGCAGGAGGUGGUGGAGAUGUUGGCAUGGUUGGUCUCCACUGAAGCAUCUGGACUGGAUCUGCUGACUCAGGCUUUGCCCAAAAUCUGGGACAUCCUUAGCCGUCUCUUGUCUGUUCUGACCGAGAUGAGUAUGGACAUGCCAGCAAACAUGGAGCUGUUGGAAGAUAUCCCUGAAAACAUAAUUGAAAUGCUGACACAGUUGGUAAACAGCAGUGGUCCUCUGAUCUCCAUGGACAACCCACCGAGUAUGUUUCGGCAGGAAACCAUAGGCGGUAACCAUACAAUGAGGGUUCGAAGCAGACGUGAGGCCCCAUUGAUGCUGGCAAGGACGCCUAUGGAUGACUUCAUAGACCUGCUCUACAUUGACUACCCUGCCAUGUUCAAAGCCAUCUCUGUCCCUGUUACCACAGCAGAAAUUAUGGAGACAGUCCACGUGUUCUUUGCCAAUCGUGACCUGAAUGUUGUGAUGAAAGGAGCGACAAGGGGCAUGCCAUGGGGCUUGGAAGCCUCUCGAGAAGAGACCAUUGAUGCCACCCUUGGGGUGCUUUCCUUCCUCACUCUCCCUGGCACGUUUCAGAUGUCAUCAAUGAAUCUCCUGACGAAUGCUGUCAGUAUGCUUCCUGACGACUUUCCAUUUUCCUCAAUGCUUAAAAAUAUUGCCAGAAUGCUUGCCACUGAAUCUCAAGAGAACCUGAUGCUCAUGCAAGAGACUAUCGAAACAGCAGCUGAGCUCUUCCAGAUCAGCCCGACAGACCCAAGAUUCAUAGAGCAACUAAGCCACCUGGAAUCCAAGGUGUGCAAGGUCGAAGGAACAGAGACUGUGCGUCUGCUGAUGUCGUCCCUCUCCAUUGGGCCUGGUCAGCUGUGUCACACUUAUCUACCCAGCCUGAAGACCUUGGUUGAGGGUCUGUUGAUGGACACAUCCUCUCUGACAGAUGCCAUCUUCCAGGCCGUCAUCGGAGACCCUAAAACCUACAAUGUCCAGUCAGACUGGUCCUCUGUGUUGAGUCAAGGUCUGGGCUUCAACACCAGCAGCCUAAGCUCUUUAAACAUUAACGUCACCUCCCCAGGAGUUGUAACAGUUGGUGAGAUGCUGAGGGAUAAAACAGCCUUCAUCAUGGAUGUUCAACAACACAUGGACUUUGAUCCAGUCGCUCUCCACCUCCUGAUGGAAACCACACUGCCUAACAACAACUUAGAGAUCCUGUCCUGGUUGUUCAACCUUCGUCAUUGCGGCUCCACAGCAGCCUUGGAAAUGAAAGAGACAGAUGUGGCCAUUUUAAAGACCUUCUGCUCCUUGUCUGUUGAACAGUGGUACAGCUUCUCACUGCUGAUGGCUCGCCAUCUCAACAUGGAGAAACUCAUCUACAGAGUGGUGUUGAGUGAAGAAAUACAGAGUCUGGUGGGAAUCAUGAUCCAGAUGGCUAAGGUUCUAACCAACAUGAUGGACACGAUUCUUCCUGCCAUCGAUCAGCUUCACAACUACAUGGACUCCAUCCAAAACCUAAACCUGGCUUCUGAACAGGAAUUUGACCAAAUGGCAAAAGGACGGAAGGCCCAAAUGUCUAGCAAAGCUACAUUUGUCACCCUGUCUCGAGCGUUGUGUAGUAAAGGUAUCGUGGCUCUGCUUGGAAUCUCCAAACUCCCUGCGAUGCCGGACUCUGACUCAUACUUCCCCGACGACCACAGGCAGGAGAUGAUCGAGAGGUUCAAGAUUCCAGAAAACGCCUCUCCCUUCUGUAUGAAUAUGUACCUGGAUAUGGUCAACACCACAGGAGGAGCCAUCGCCUGGGCCUUCCUCAAACCAAUGCUGAUGGGAGAAAUUCUUUAUACCCCUGACACACCCGUCACCAGGGCCAUAAUGAAGAAGGCCAACGACACGUUGCAGGUUUUUGCAGAUCUAAGAAAGCACUCAGAGGACUGGAUUGAUUCCUCCAACUACAUCAUAAAGUCUGCUGAACUACUCAGCCACACGUUGCCAAUGCUGCAGAAUUCCCUCGGCAAUUCCUUUGUUGAGAAUUUCAUUGAGAUGCAGACAGACAUCAAUGUCGGCAGAAUGAAGGAGACGCUCAGCAACUUCUCUAACAUGACGGUCAUGCUGGAGAAAAACAAACACAUAAUGAAUCAGAUCACCACCUUGUCCACCCUGAUGGUGAACCUGUCCUCCUGCAUCAAGUUUGACCGUUACCGUGGCUACAACUCUGCUGACCAGCUUAACAGUGCAGCAGAGGACCUCGCCAAAAACCGCAAUCUCUAUGCAAGUGUCAUCUUCAAGCUUCCCAAAGAUGAGGACUCAUCCAGGAAGCGUAGGGACAGUUUUUCCUCCUCCACAUCCUCCCUUCCUCCCAAUGUCAGCUACACUAUCCGCAUGCAUAUGGACAACGUCAUGCGCACUGACAAAGUCCGAGACCCCAUUUAUGUGAAGGACAACCACAUCUGGUCCCAGCAGGCGCUACGCUACAGCCGGGGCUUUAUCUACCUGCAGGAGAACAUCGAGCGGGCUAUCAUCGAGACCCAGACUGGACAGAGGGUUACAGAGCUGGCCGUCCAGCUGCAGCCCUUCUCCUACCCCUGCAGCUACCGGGAUGAGUACCUGGAGGCCAUUGCUUUUGUCUUCCCACUCAUGUUGAUGAUAGCCUGGGUGCUGUUUGUGGCUGAUUUUGUGAAGAAGCUGGUGCAUGAGAGAGAGCUGAGGCUGCAUGAGUACAUGAAAAUGAUGGGAGUUAACCCGGCCAGCCACUUCUUCGCCUGGUUCCUGGAGUGUGCCUUCUACUUGGUGGUGACCAUCUUCAUCCUUACGCUGGUGCUGAAGUAUGGCCGCAUUCUGCCCCAGAGUGAUGGCUUCCUCCUUUUCUUGUACCUCUGCGACUAUGGUUUGAGCAUUCUGGCCUUCAGUUACCUGGUCAGCUCCUUCUUUGACCAGACCUACAUCGCUGCCCUGAGUGGCAGUCUCCUUUACAUCCUGUGCUUCUUCCCCUUCAUUGUGGUCAUGGCUGUGGAGACAAAUCUCACCUUUUCCCAGAAGAGCGCCCUGGGAUUGUUUUCCCCGACCUGUUUUAGUUAUGCUAGUCAAUACGUCUCUCGGUAUGAAGCCCAAGGAGAAGGCAUUCAGUGGAGCAACUCUUACACCUCGCCAAUAGCUGGAGACACAGCUUCAUUCGGUUGGCUGUGCUGGUUGAUGCUCAUCGACUCUGUACUCUACUUUGUCAUCGGGGGGUACAUCCGCAUGGUAUUCCCAGGAAAGUAUGGGAUCCCUGCCCCAUGGUACUUCCCCUUCAAAGCCUCCUUCUGGUCUGACCUGUGCUGCUGCGUUAAAUCAAAGAGUAAGGUGGGCAGAGGACUCCUCUUCUCCAACAUCAUGCAGAAAAACCAGCCUGUCUUCUCUGACGACAAGGGAAAAGACCAGAGCACUCUUUCCUCUCAGGCUGGUGAGGAUUUCUCAGAGCUCCCAGUGGGCGUUGCCCUUCAUGGCCUCAGCAAGAUAUACGGUGACCAAGUAGCUAUUCAAAACCUUAAUGUUUCCUUCUACGAGGGACAUGUCACCUCACUGCUUGGUCACAAUGGAGCCGGCAAGACCACCACCAUGUCUCUCCUGACUGGCCUUUUUGCACCAUCUUCGGGCUCCAUUGAGGUGUACGGCAAAGACAUGCAGACCAACACUGAUGACGUUCGCCGAGAGCUAGGAGUGUGCAUGCAAUACGACGUCCUCUUUGACCACAUGACUGCCAAGGAGCACCUGCUGCUGUACGGUCAGAUUAAGGCCCCACAGUGGUCCCGCAAAGAGCUGCACGAACAAGUCAACACGAUCCUUGAGGAGACAGACAUGUAUGCUCACAGGCACAAGCGAGUGGGCACCCUGUCAGGCGGCAUGAGGCGGAAGCUGUCAAUCUCCAUCGCCUUCAUAGGAGGCUCUCGCUUAGUGGUACUGGAUGAACCCACCACAGGAGUCGAUCCCUGUUCCAGGCGCAACAUCUGGGACAUUGUUAUUCAGAACAAGCAACAUCGCACUGUCAUCAUGUCCACCCACCACCUGGAUGAGGCUGAAGUACUGAGCGACCGCAUUGCCUUCCUAGAGAGAGGUGGAUUAAAAUGCUGCGGAUCCCCCUUCCACCUGAAGGACAAGCUGGGUCAAGGCUACAAACUCACUCUCACCAAGAAGAUGCAGAACCUAGAAUCUGAGCCUAUUGACAAUGCUGAAAUGAAGGCCUUCAUCCAAGCUCAUGUACCGGACGCACGACUGAAGGAGGCCCAAGGCGGCGAUCUGGUCUACUCACUGCCCCCCUUCACCUCAUCCAACGCCUCCUCAUACCGCUCCCUUCUGACCGCGCUGGACUCCAACCUGGACGCCCUGCAGCUGGGGGGCUAUGGUAUCUCUGACACCACCCUAGAAGAGGUGUUCCUCCAGUUGACUCAUGGAAACACAGAAGCUGGGGCUGAGGACACCCCCCUGUCUAUCUCAGAGACAAUUUCUGAGACUGAUUCCAUUGACAGUUUUUCUUCAGAUUCCUGUGGAAGCAUCCCCAACUUUGGUGACAAGAUCAAGCUUACCAGUUUAUCCAUGGUGCGUGGCAUGGCCCUAGCCUGGCAGCAGAUGGCAGCCAUAAUGAUCAAGAGGUUCCACCACAGCCGCAGAGACUGGAAGGGCCUGAUCUCUCAGAUCCUGCUCCCUGUUCUGUUCAUGGUGGCUGCUAUGGGCCUGAGCUCCAUCAAGAAUGACCUGCAGCACUAUCCAGAGCUGGAGCUCAGCCCAGCGCUUUACAAGUUUGGACCAAGCUACUCUUUCUUCAGUAACCAAAAUCCCAACUCCACCCAUCUGGUGGACACCAUGAUGUCAUUCCCUGGGAUCGAUAACACCUGCAUCGACAGAUCCAAUAACCCGGUCUGCACAAGAAGCACAAGCAAGUGGAGUUCCAGAGGGAACAGCUCCAAACCAUUUAGUGUCUGUAAAUGUACCCAUCAGGAACAGAUUUGUGAUGGGAAGAACUUCCAGCCCCCCCAUAAGCAGAUCCCCUCGUCUCAGAUUAUGUAUAACGUGACUGGUAUCGAUUUGGAUGACUACCUGAUUGCCACAGCUAAUGACUUCAUCAGGAAUAGGUAUGGUGGCUUUUCUUUUGGCAUGCCCCUCCCUCCUGACUUGCUCAUGGAUGUAACAGCGGUGCCCAAAAACCGUACUCUGGCUAAGGUCUGGUUCAACCCAGAGGGCCAUCACACAAUGCCAGCAUACCUAAACAGCAUCAACAACAUCAUCCUGCGCUCCAAUCUGCCAGCAGACAAGGAUCCACGGAAAUAUGCUAUUUCGGUUUCCAGUCACCCCUACUUCGGCCGAGCAGAUAAUGAAGAAUCAAUUGUCCAGGGAAUGCUCCAGAUCCUCGUGGCUAUGUGCGUGCUGACGGGUUAUUCGAUCACGACCGCCAGCUUUGCCAUCUAUGAAGUCUCUGAGCACCACAGUGGCUCCAAGAGGCUCCAGCACAUCUCAGGCAUCAGCGAGCCAUUCUACUGGGCUGUGAACUUCUUUUAUGACAUGGGCAUGUAUUUGAUCCCUGUGACCUUGACUGUUGGUGUGAUCGCAGCCUUCCAGGUUCCAGCCUUCACAGAUCGGCAAAACUUGGGUGCAGUAACCCUGCUUCUGGUACUCUUUGGGUUCUCUACCUUCCCCUGGAUGUAUCUGUUAGCAGGCGUCUUCAAGGAUGCAGAGAUGGCCUUCAUCGCAUAUGUGUGCAUCAACCUCUUCAUCAGUGUCAACACCAUCAUGUCCACCUCCGUCCUUUACUUCAUUAGUCAGAUUACAGUGAUUAAACAGGAGUUCGUCCAGAAAGUCUUCGAGCAGCUGAGCCAUGCCUUCCUAAUCUUCCCCCAGUUCAACUUUGGGGGCGGGCUGAUAAAGUUGGCCAGGACGAACAUAGAGGUCCAGCUGCUCAGUGGCUAUGGCAUUGAUGCCUACAAGAACCCAUACUCCACCGAAGCCCUCGGCUGGAUGUUCAUCUCCUCCUUCAUCCAAGGCGUAGUCUUCUUCACACUACGCCUCCUGCUCAACAGGUUCCUCAUACGCAAAGUGAGGAAUUUGAUUUGGAGCAAAAAGAAGGUGCCACAAUUGACCUGUGAGGACGAGGAUGAGGAUGUAGCAGCUGAGCACCUGCGGGUGUCCAGUGGAGCAGCAAGCAUGGACAUACUGCAGGUCAACCAGCUGUCUAAGGUCUAUCAACACCUCAAGAAGAAGAUCCAUGCUGUCAAGAAGAUCUCUGUGGGCAUCCCUGCGGGAGAGUGCUUUGGUCUGCUGGGAGUGAAUGGAGCAGGAAAAACUACCACCUUCAAGAUGCUGACUGGAGAUGUUAGCCCCACUGAUGGCACUGCACAGAUCAGGGAUUGGGAUGGGCGGUUGGUUGACAUCAUGGAGUGCCGUAACCAGGGAAUUAACAUCGGCUACUGUCCCCAGGUGGAUGCGCUGGACAGUCUGCUCACUGGAGAGGAACACUUGUACUUCUACGCUCGCAUUCGAGGCAUCUCAAAGAGAGAGAUAGACAGGGUGGUGAACUACCUGCUGAAGAAACUGGAGUUGAGAUACCACAGAAACAUCAUAACUGAUGGUUACAGUUGCGGCACCCGCAGGAAGCUCUCAACUGCGCUGGCUCUCAUCGGGCAUCCACAGAUCCUGCUCCUGGAUGAGCCAAGCUCUGGCAUGGACCCUCGGACCAAGCGUCACCUGUGGAAAAUCAUCUCUGAAGAAGUGAAAGGAAAAUGCGCUGUGGUCCUUACCUCUCACAGCAUGGAGGAGUGUGAGGCACUGUGCAGCCGUCUUGCCAUCAUGGUGAAAGGUCAGUUCCGUUGCCUGGGCUCCCUGCAGCACAUUAAGAACAGGUUCGGCAGCGGGUUCACUGUGAAGAUGUACUUGGCUAAGGCCUCCUGUGAUGCAGAGGCAAUCACUGGCUUCAUGCAGCGUCGAUUUCCCAGCACUUAUCUCAAGGACCAGCACUCCUCUAUGGUGGAGUACCACGUACCAAUUGCACCAGGAGGGGUGGCUGACAUCUUCGACCAGCUGGAGUCCAACAAGAAUGCUCUGCAGAUCAAACACUUCUCUGUGAGCCAGACCACACUGGAUGAGGUCUUCAUCAACUUUGCCAUGGGAAACAUCGGCAUGGAACCUGUAGCACUUAACUGCGAAGAUGAAUGUGAUGGCCUGGACUCCAUAAAGGCAGUAGAAACGUAGAGCUGACUGUGAUCUUGUUUUGUCUGCAGCCCUUAUAAAUGAAACACAAUGUCUGAUCAUAGCAAUCUGCCUCUAAUAUACUGUAUACCUGCAACAUGACAGUUUAAACCAUUUUUGUUGAAAGUGUCUUCACUGAUCACAUGAAAGAUAUCUUAUAUUACAAGGACACAUGCAGAUUUGCAUACAUGCACAGAUGACAAAAGUAGAUCGUUUAAAGUUUUCUAUCCAACAGGUGACACGCCUGUGUACCUUUAAUACUGCCUUAUUAUUUAUGAAGGACAAAUAUAAUUGUGUUGGCUAUUCAUUCCUCUUUGUGGUUGGGACACUAUUGACUAUUUGAUUGUUGUACCAUAGCAAAUUAAAGGCACUAUUUUCUAUAUAGAAUCUUUUUCAUUUUACAUUAAAGUUAGCAAAACAUGAUUUUACAUCAUCUUGAAGCACUCACAGUAAAUAUAUAACGUGUCUACAGAUGUUAUUUUUUUAGCUAACAAAAGGAAAUAUUCAUACUCAGAAGAACAUCUUCAAUAUGCACUUUUUCCCUACUCAUUAAUGCUUCCUCUAAGGGCAUACCUAACUUUUUAGAAUGAAAGUACUGAAUAUUUAAUGGACUUUUUUUUCCUUCUUAUGGACCAGUUCCACAUUGUCUUGAAUGUAUCAAGCAUAUAUUUUAUUCUAAUAAAGCUAUUUUUCAAAUGCAA